AUGGACAGAUUUGUUAUAAGAAAGAGAAAGAGAUCUGAAUCAGAUCAAACUGAAGUACAUGCCUCUACAUCUACUUCUAACCAAGCAGGAGCAUCUACUCCGAAUCAAGCAGAAGCAUCUACUUCUAGCAAAGCAGAACCAUCCACCAGUAAAUCCACACAGAAUAUAUUAGAGGAUUCAUUGACAGAAAAUGAAUCUCCUACUAUUACUCAUGAGAUUAAGUUUAGGGAUUCAUGGUUGACACAAUUUUCUUGGCUUAAAUUAGAAUCCACUGGCCAGAAAAUUUGCAAGGUCUGCAAUAAGUCAAUUGAAGGAAGUAAAACACAUUUGGAGAGACAUCAACAAAAUUCCCGACAUAAGCAAUUAUUAAGACAAGUCACAAGUACUGGUAAUAUAGAAAACCUAUUACAAAACAAUGAACAACAUGCUUUUUUAACUUCCGUUAAAAAAGCAGAAUAUAAAUUAGUUAUGGGUCUUGUCGUAGAGCAUAACAGUCCAAUGUUAGUUAUGGAUCAUGUGCCAAAAUUGUUAGCAUCAACAGUGCCGGAUUCUAAAAUCAUUAAAUCAUUGGCUUGUGGCAGAACAAAAACAACAAACAUGAUUCAUAUGUUAAAAAGGGAAGCAGAAUCAGUACUUAUAACAAAGCUUCAAGGUACUAAAUUUUCAAUUAUCAUAGAUGAAACGACAGACAUAUCUACAAGAAAAUGUCUGGCAAUUUUAGUAAGGUAUUUAGAUAAAACAUCUUAUAGUGUAAUGGAUUCAUUAUUAACUCUAGUAGAAGUGGAAGAAUGUACUGCUGAUGGCCUCACUUCUGCAAUAUUAAAUGUUUUACAUACUUUUAACAUUAACCUGGAAAAUGUAAUAGGUUUUGCUGCAGACAAUGCCUCUGUAAUGAUGGGGGAGUUUGGAGGUGUCCAAGCCAAACUGAAGGAGAAAAUAAACACAAACAUUUUCGUUCUUGGAUGCAUAUGUCAUUCAUUGCAUUUGUGUGCAUCUGAGGCUAGUAAAAAAAUUCCAUCCUGUAUUGAAGAGUUCAUCCAGGAUGUUUAUAACUAUAUCUCAAGGAGUCCAAAAAGAUUAAAAGUAUAUUCUCAGUUUCAGGAAUUUUUAGAAAUCAAGCCUCACAAGAUAUUAAAGUUAAGUCAAACAAGAUGGCUUUCACUAGAGGCUGUAGUAACCAGAGUUUUAGAGCAGUGGCAAGCACUGAAACUAUUUUUUACUGGAGAAGCAUUUGAGGAGAAAGAUUUUGCAAGACCAAGUAAUAUAUUGGAGAAACUUAAUGAUCCUUUAUAUGAACUUUAUUUUACAUUUUUAGCACACAUUUUGCCUUUGAUAAACAAACUGAACAUUGAAUUUCAGUCAGAGAAACCUAAGCUUCACCUGUUGUUUGAAAGGAUCACAACCGUAUAUAAAACCAUAUUAAAAUUUUAUUUAAAAAGUAGAUAUGUUGACUCCAAUAGUAAUGUACUCAUGAUUAAUCCUAUCAAUGUGGAUGAGUAUUUACCAAAUGAGGAAAUUUACUUAGGAACAAAAGUUGAAAUUAUCAUUAAGAAUAGCCAAUUAAAUAACACACAUUUGUUACCUUUUUAUAACAAUUGUUUAAACUUUUAUACUCAGCUUUGUUUGCAAAUUCGUAAAAGAUUUAAAAACCUCUCCAAAUUUGAGAACCUUAGAUUAUUAAAUCCGACAGAGCUAUUAGAAAAGCCAAUCUCUCUAAUAAGCAUAAUUGAUGAAUUUCCCCAAUUGGUAAAUGGUAAUAUAGAGGACAUUUCUAUUGAAGCCAGGGAGAUCUCUAGCUUGCCCAUUUAUUUAAAAAACAAAUUAAGAAAUCUUGAGUUUUCAGAAUUUUGGUUUGAACUUAAUAAUUUAAAAAAUUCAGCUGAUGAGCCAAUUUUUCAAAAUAUUUGUUCAUUUGUAUUUAAUAUUUUAUCUUUACCGCACAGCAGUGCAGCUGCUGAACGGAUAUUUUCACAACUUAACCUAAUAAAAAGUAAGACACGCAAUAGAUUAACUCCAGAGACAUGUAACUCACUUUUAAUGGCAAAAACUUUAUUGGCAAAAAAUAACUGUUAUGAAUGGGAACCGACAAAUACACUUCUGACUAAAAAUAUUCAAUACAAUUAG